AUGCCCGGCAGCUCGAGAAUGCCCGUGAGCCUGCGCGGCGGCUUCGAGUCCGUCAAGCGGCGACGCCCGGCCCUGGCGCUGUCCAUGAUCAACCUCGACCUCAUCCGCAACAUCGUCUUCUUCUACUUUGUCCUACGAUGGACCCGCCGCGCCUUCUGGAAACUCAAGGGCAGAGGCGUCAUCGGUGCUAUCCUUGAGCUGUACCGCGAGGUCCAGCGCGUCCUCUACGGCUUCUUCCUCCGCGCCCCCGGCGUCCGCGGCCAGGUCCAGCGCCAGGUCAAGGAGUCGCUCGACAAGAUGUCGGCCAAGCUCGUGCCGCAGUCCGAGACGCGCUACCUCACCCUGCCCAAGGAAGGCCUGCAGCCCGACGCCGUGCGUGCCGAGCUCGAGGCGCUGGCCAGCAUGGACCAUACGCGCUGGGAGGACGGAUACGUCUCCGGCGCCGUCUACCACGGCGAAGAGGGCCUGAUUGCGCUGCAGACGGAGGCCUUUGGCAAGUUCACCGUCGCCAACCCCAUCCACCCCGACGUCUUCCCCGGCGUGCGCAAGAUGGAGGCAGAGGUGGUCAGCAUGGUGCUCAACAUGUUCCACGCCCCGCCAGGCGCCGCCGGUGUGACGACGGCCGGUGGCACCGAGAGCAUCCUGAUGGCUUGCUUGGCGGCGCGCCAGAAGGGGUAUGCCGAGCGCGGCAUCACGGAGCCCGAGAUGAUCAUUCCCGACACGGCCCACACGGCCUUCCGCAAGGCCGCCGACUACUUCAAGAUCAAGCUGCACAUGGUGGCGUGCCCGGCGCCCAAUUACCAGGUCGACGUCAGGGCGGUGUCGCGCCUCGUCAACGCCAACACGGUGCUGCUGGUGGGCUCGGCCCCCAACUUCCCGCACGGCAUCAUCGACGACAUCGCGGCGCUGUCCAAGCUGGCGCUGCGCAAGAAGCUAUGCCUGCACGUCGACUGCUGCCUGGGAUCGUUCCUGGUGCCGCAGCUGGAGCGCGCGGGCUUUGAGACGCAGGCGUUCGACUUUCGGCUCAAGGGCGUGACAAGCAUCAGCUGUGACACGCACAAGUACGGGUUCGCGCCCAAGGGCAACUCGACGGUGCUGUACCGGACGGCGGAGCUGCGGACGUACCAGUACUACGUGUGCCCGGACUGGUCGGGCGGCGUGUACGCGUCCCCCGGCAUGGCCGGAUCGCGCCCGGGCGCGCUGAUCGCGGGCUGCUGGGCGAGCUUGAUGACGGUGGGCGAGGCCGGGUACCUGGACGCGUGCGUCAAGAUUGUCGGAACGGCCAAGAAGAUCGCCGACGCGAUCCGCGACGGGCCAGGGCUGGCGGGCGAGCUCGAGAUUGUUGGCAAGCCGCUCGUGUCGGUGGUGGCGUUUACGUCGCGCAACCUCAACAUCUAUGACAUCGCCGACGGCAUGUCGGGCAAGGGCUGGCACCUCAACGCGCUGCAGGACCCGCCGGCGAUCCACGUGGCCGUGACGAUGCCCAUCGUCAAGGUGUGGGAGCGGCUGGUGGCGGACCUCGAGGCCGUGGUGGAGGAGGAGCGCGAGAAGGAGCGGGUGCGCAUGGUGGAGGGCAAGGGGACCAGGGGCAAGGCCGUGGGCGACUCGGCGGCGCUGUACGGCGUGGCGGGCUCGCUGCCGAACAAGAGCGUCGUCGUCGACCUGGCCACGGGGUUCCUCGACUUGUUGUAUAAGGCGUGA